AUGGCAUCCUCAGCAACAGCGGCUCGAGUGAGGCCAUCGGGCCAAUCGUCCCGAGUGCCCGCUGGUACGACCGCUGCCACGCCCACGCCGCGAGUACGACGACCAGCAUCGUCCUCGAACGGGCCUGCCCAGCUGCGCACACUCGUCGCCGUGCUCUUCCUCACGACCUUGCUUGGAACGUCCUACUCGAACUACACCACCCCGACGGAUGUGCUCACUUUCCGGUCGCGUCUCCCUUCGUCGACGCUGACGCGCCAUCUGAGCUCGUCGACGAAGGGCUCCUCGACCGAGUCACUCAAGGCGAUCCUGCCCUACUUCGCCGACAAGCGCAACGUCAUCAACCAGUACUUUACCAAGCAAGCCUGGCUCUGGGUCACGCUCGCCUACAUCUUCUACUCCUUAUCGACCUUGGUCUUGGCUCCCAAACCAAGCAAGUCCGCACACAAAGUACAGUUGAACGAGCCGACGUUGGUGCAACACUUCCUCACCAUCACCCGUCGCUUCGUCCUCUCGACACUGUACUGGUACUACCUCACCCAAGCGACCUGGUUCGGCGCCUUCUACCGCGGCCCUUCGCUCGCCAAACAUCUCCUCCUCUACUCCGGAGCGGUGUGCACGCCCUCGACGCUCUCUUCCGCUUCGUCGUCGCUCGUCGUCGCGAACCUUCAAUGCACCGGUCAAAGAGGCGAAUACUACCGAGGAGGUCACGAUUCCUCGGGCCACGUUUUCAUGAUGGUGCACGCUUCCCUGUUCCUCUACUACCUCAUCAACCCUUCGAUCGAACGCGUGUUGCACCAUUCGGUCCCUCGAAAGGACGUCGGCCUCCCCGAGCGGUUCGUGUUGUAUUCCGUUCUGGCGUUGAUGGGCUUGUGUUGGUUCGUCCUAGCGUGCACGAGCGUGUUCUUCCAUUCGCCCGCGGAGAAGAUGAGUGGGUUCUUGUUUGGUUUGGGAGGUUGGCUCUUUGCGGGCCUUUGA